UAAAAUCGAAGUAAACAUGGAGUCGCACGCUUCGAUUCGUUUCUUAUUUUUUAGCAGUGUAAUCGGUGUUUUGGUAUUAAGCAGUAAUAUCGGGGCGGCGCCGACUCCAAAAACUGAUCUCUAUGUAUUGGAUGACGAUGAUAAGCCGGUCAAAAUAGAUUUGGACGCACCUGAUACAGAAGCAAAUUUAAAAGUGAAAGACCUACCGAACCGAGUUCUCUUUUAUCUGUACACGAGGAACACGCAGAAUAAUCCAAAAAGACUAAUUGUUGGAGAUAGCAAAAGUUUGACAAAUAGCCAGUUCAAUCCUAGAAAACCAACGAAAAUUAUCACUCAUGGAUGGACGAACUCUAAGAGGAGCAAAGCUUGCACGAAGGUUCGCGAUGCUUUCCUUAGCAACGGUGAUUACAACGUCAUUGUAGUCGACUGGAGUAGCAUAUCAAGAAGACCAUACGUAUGGACGAGUAAUCAGGUCCCAAAGAUUGCCCAAUUCAUCGGUACUAUGAUUGAUUAUCUGCAGACACAGGGAAUGAAUCCAUCUCAGCUGACAAUUGUUGGUCAUUCUCUUGGAGGUCAUAUCGCUGGUCUUUCGUCUUAUUAUGCGAAGAAUAAAGCUCAAUACGUUGUUGCUUUGGAUCCAGCCGGACCUAAUUUCCAUUUGAACGGUCGAGGCUCGAGGGUUUCUAAAGGCGAUGCAACGUACGUACAAAUAAUCCACACAAGCAACCUUCUCGGAUUAACCAUGAAUCUCGGCGACUCUGACUUUUAUCCGAAUGGUGGGAGUGCACAAAAUAGUUGCAAAAUGGAUGUGGGUGGCUCGUGUUCUCAUUCAAGGUCUUACGAGUACUUCGCUGAGUCAAUUAAUAAUAAUGGUUUUCUGGCACGAAGAUGCGGUAGCUACAAGGAUUUUGGAAACGGCAGGUGCAAUUCGAACCCUAUCGGAUACAUGGGUGGUCUUCUCCCGAACUUUAAUGUUGAGGGUUCGUAUUAUUUAAAUACGAACUCGCGAUCACCCUACGCGAAGCACAGUGUGCUCUGAUCUGUUACCAUGAUUGCAAAGAGAGUAAAAAAUGAACCUUCUACCUCGAUUAUCAAGUUUCUUUAAUGGUAUUUGUAUUAACCCCUCAAACCGAUAAUUAUACAAAAUUUUCAUGGUGUGCGAUAUAAUUUGGAUGAAUUGAUCAAGUUUUGUGAUCAUUUUUUCCAAGUUACACGGAAUGAAAAUUACUUGCCUAAUAAAUUUCAAAUUUUUAAGGUGAAUGAAUAUUUAAAAGUGAGAGGUAUAUUGAACCAACAGAAAGAAAUGAAUAAUUAAUAGUUAAGAUCUGAACGAAGUAGAAAUUUGUUAUAAUAAUGUUUGAUACUGUUGGGUGAAUGAAUUGUAGGGUGAAUGAAUUGUAUUAAUAUUUUGUUCCAUGUAUAAAAUAAAGAAUCUUUUUAAACAAA